AUGGUCAGAGAGUUUGAGAAGUGCGGAAAUUUAACUAUUGAGAUGUGUUACAUGGCCGAGAUCCACUCUUCAGUGCCAGCCCCCCGGGGCACCAUCACCCCCAAGCGCCAGCCCCCUGGGACACCAUCACCCCCAAGCCCCAGCCCCCUGGGGCACCAUCACCCCCAAGCGCCAGUCCCCUGGGACACCAUCACCCCCAAGCGCCAGCCCCCUGGGGCACCAUCACCCCCAAGCGCCAGCCCCCCGGGGCACCAUCACCCCCAAGCGCCAGCCCCCUGGGACACCAUCACCCCCAAGCGCCAGCCCCCUGGGACACCAUCACCCCAAAGUGCCACCCCCCUGGGGCACCAUCACCCCAAAACGCCACCCCCCUGGGGCACCAUCACCCCAAAGCGAACAAAAUCUCAACUCAACCCCAAAUCAUCAACUACAAAAACAUAA